AUGUACUCUGUUUCCUUUGUGGAACUCGCGCUCAGCUUUUGUACAGCCAUCUCCCGGAACAACGACUCAGAUUCUGACUCGGAAUAUGGGUCUAGAUCGAAGAAGAAGAAACGGCCUCGUGUUUCUGGAGACGAAAUCCGUGUCUCCAGCCGAGGCGGCAAGAUUCCCAAUUAUACCGAUGAUGUUCAAGCUCUUGCUGAGCUAUCAGAAGAGGAUGUCGAUCAAGGGUACUACGUCGAUCCUACAGCGCAGUUCAAGGAGGAAGAUGAGAUCGAGUCUGUUUUGAGUCAUUGUAGAGAUGAGGGUCGUGAAGACGAUCCUGACGAUAUCUGGUUUGAUAAUGUUCGUUUCCACAUUAAGUGGAAAAAUUUCUCGCAUUUGCAUAAUACCGAUGAGACCUACGAAUUCCUCAAACGCUUCAAGGGCCUCAAGCGUGUCGACAACUAUAUCAAAGCUUACAAGAUGUAUCAGUCUCGCCUCAGUGCGCCAGGCAUCUCCCAGGAAGAUGCUGAGGCGUUGCUUCUUGACAAGGAGCGCGAGAAGGAGGAGCUCGAGACCUAUAAGGUUGUUGAACGCAUUGUCUCGCAUCGCGAUGGUGCAGAGGGCAUGACAGAGUACUUCUGCAAAUGGACUGGGCUCAAUUACGAGCACUGCACAUGGGAAUCGCAGGAGGAAGUGCGUCCUAUCGCCAAAGCCCAAAUUGAGGCGUAUCGUCAACGAGAGGUCGAGGCAAAGUUCCCUUACAAGAGCAUGAAUUAUGCGCGUAACCAGCGGCCAUCGUUUUCGAAGAUUGAGAAGGAUCCUGAUUACAUCACCUCGACGGGUGGUGAGUUGAAGGACUUCCAGGUUACCGGACUGAACUGGUUGGCAUAUUUGUGGAGUAAAGGCGAGAAUGGCAUUCUUGCUGAUGAAAUGGGUCUCGGAAAGACCGUACAGACAGUUUCUUUUCUGUCCUACCUUUUCCAUGAAAAGCACCAAUAUGGUCCAUUCCUUGUCAUCGUUCCGCUUUCCACCAUCACCGCCUGGCAAUCGCAGUUUGCGGCGUGGGCACCUGAUCUGAACGUCAUCACCUACAUAGGAACCGCUCCUGCACGUGAGGUCAUUCGGACGUAUGAAUUUGGCCCCUCCAACAAACGACUGAAGAUGAAUGUCCUGCUGACCACGUACGAGCUCACUCUCAGGGACGCAAAGGAGCUUGCGGAUAUCAAGUGGCAGGCGCUUGCCGUUGACGAGGCUCAUCGACUCAAGAACUCGGAAAGCCAGCUGUACGAGGCUCUGAGGUCUUUCCCUGCUGCGUCGAAGCUAUUGAUCACCGGUACGCCACUGCAAAACAAUGUCAGGGAGUUGCUUUCAUUGAUGCACUUCCUGAUGCCUGAGAAGUUUGCCUUAACAAACGAAUUUGACCUUAACGACGCGGACCACGAAGCCAAGAUCAAGGAGCUGCAUGAACAACUUGAGUCGCUCAUGCUCCGCCGGCUGAAGCGCGAUGUCCUUACCUCCUUGCCUACGAAGAGUGAGCGCAUCCUUCGAGUAGAAAUGUCUGCCAUGCAGACGCAUUUCUACAAGAACAUCUUGACAAAGAACUUCCAAGGUUUGGUGAAGAGCGCAAAUGGGAACAACAACAUCAGUCUCCUGAACAUUGCGAUGGAGCUGAAGAAAGCUGCGAACCACCCUUAUCUCUUCGACGGUGCUGAAGUGCGCACUGAUAUCAACGACGACACUCUCAAGGGCCUUGUCAUGAACAGCGGAAAGAUGGUUCUCCUCGACAAGCUCCUCGUACGCCUUCGGCAAGAUGGUCAUCGCGUGCUCAUCUUCAGUCAAAUGGUCCGGAUGUUAGACAUCUUGAGUGAUUACAUGAGUCUUCGUGGAUACCAACAUCAACGCCUGGAUGGCAUGGUCGCGUCAGAUGCGAGGAAGAGAUCGAUUGCACAUUUCAACUCACCUGGAUCGCCUGACUUCGCCUUUCUGUUGUCGACCCGUGCAGGUGGUCUUGGCAUCAAUCUGGAGACUGCCGAUACUGUCAUUAUUUUUGACAGCGACUGGAAUCCUCAAAACGACUUGCAAGCCAUGGCACGUGCACAUCGCAUAGGGCAGAAGUCUCAUGUCAGCGUCUACCGUUUCGUCAGUAAAGAUACGAUGGAGGAGGAUGUUCUCGAGAGGGCCAAGAAAAAGAUGGUGUUGGAGUAUGCCAUCAUCAAUCAAAUGGAUACUUCACAGGCGCAUCUGAGCUCCAACCCCAAAGGAGAAAAGGUCAAGGAUUCCACGAAACCUGACAAUCUCAGCAAAGAUGAGCUCACUGCAGUCUUGAAAUACGGGGCUCAGAAGAUGCAAGUAACGAUGUUUCCUGAUCAGACACUCUCCGCUCACCUUAUUUCCAGGUUCGACAAGGAUGACUCGCAACAGAACCAGAAGCUUGACGAGAUGGACUUGGACGACAUUCUAAACCGCGCCGAGGACCAUGAGACAAUGGCCGCUGGCGGCGAUGGUGGUGCCUCGCUUGGUGGUGAAGGCUUCCUCGCUCAAUUCGCUGCCGUGAGCGACGUGAAGAAUGACAUGAAUUGGGAAGACAUUAUUCCUGCAGAGGAGCGGCACAAGUUCGAGAAAGAGGAGGAUGAGCGGAAGGCUGAGGAGACGGUUGCGGCAGAACUUAGAGAUCGCAAGCGCACCCAUGCACCUGUGUCCUAUGAGGGCAUGGAUGUCGAUCAUCCGGCACCGGCACCUGCUCCAAAGAAACCCAAAAUUCCAGGACCCCAGAGAAAGACUGCUAGUCAAAAGGCCAUGGAGCUCAAAGAACGAGACGUACGUGUUCUUAUUCGGAGUUUGCAGCGUUGGGGCGACAUCCGUCAGCGUUACGAUGUCAUUGUCAACGAAUCUAAACUUGGCGACAAGCACAAGGGCAUGAUCAUGGACGUCUCCGACGAGAUCAUCGAGGUUUGCACGCAAGCUGUUGAGCAGAACAACCAGGAAAAGCGGGAACGUAUGGCGGCAGGGGAGACUUUGACUAAUGCCCAGAAGAGCAAGGCUGUCCUUGUGACUUUCCGCAAUGUCGGUAACAUCAACGCGGAGACCGUGUUAUCGCGGUAUCGCGACCUUCGCAUCCUGAACAACAUCUUGGGCGACUUUACUACGGAAGAGCUCUACAAUUGGACCAUUCCGAUCGAAAACAUCAGACCGACUCUCAAUUGGUCUGGGCGGUGGGGACCGCAAGAGGAUGCGAUGCUCCUUGUUGGCGCCUUCAUAUAUGGGUUUGGCAACUGGGAGGCUAUGGCGAAGGAUGCGCGGCUAGGCCUUCAAGGCAAAUUCUUCUUGGAGGAAGGCAAGAAGGGGGAAGAUGCAACUACUCGGCCGAUUCCCAAUGCCAUUCACCUCGUCCGGCGUGGUGACUUCCUCCUUGGCCUACUUCGUGAGCAUGACGAGAAGCUACGUUCGUACGAGAGCUCUUUGCGGAAUAAGGGUCAAUUGAAGGGUUCUGCCACUCCUCCCCCAACAGCUGUGGCGUCGUCGUCGUCGUCGCCUCCGAUCGGCCGGAAACGCCGCGCGGAGAGCGAGGCCGUUGCAUCCAUCGAUGAUGGUGGGGCGAAACGACGCAAGAGACGGCCUACUCCUACAUUUACGGACUCUGAAUCGUCGGACGAAUGUCCAUCCAUGGAUGAAGCUGCGACGAAGGAAGAGUUGAGACCAGUCAAGAAGCAGCUAAAACAAUUGAAGUUGUCUGGCGAGGACAUGCCUCGCGAUGACAAGGUUGCGAUUCUGAAGGACUCGCUAGCUGCCAUUGGGCGACGCAUUGAAAUUGUUCUUCAAAAUAAACAAGCCGCUGGAGAGGAUCGAGAACGAUGGCGUCGACAUCUAUGGGCCUUCGUGACGCUUUUUUGGCCUAAGAAAGUCAAGGCCUCCAAAUUAGAGGAUAUUCAUGCGAAGAUGGUGAUGAAGGAAGCUGCGCCACGAGCGUCGGCGGAAGCAUCGACCUCUGCCAAGAAGCCUCGCCCCAGUACAGGCGGCAAGAGCAAUGGCACACCAUCGAGCGUCGCAACGAAGACCAAUGGCAAAACGCAUCGAUAG